AUGUCGCACGAUAAGAGCAAGCACAUCAAGGCUACCUCUGAGGAGUCUCAUGGUAUCGCCGCAGGGACUUCCAGGAACACGGUCCGCGAGCACUGGGUCAGAUCAGGGCUUUCUUCCGAUUCCAUUGUGUCGGAGCCGAACAGCGGCACUACUUCCGAACAGCAUAUAACAAGCGAUAUCUCUACUACACUUGAGCCAAUACAGAUGACUCCAAUACAUUUGCCGACCAGAUUGCUCGCGAUGCACUACGAUGGACAUUCAGUUUUUGACACUGAUCCCACGGCCUUGCGUCCCUUGAGCCCGAACAGAAAUCCCCAGACAGGCUCAGUGGCACACUCCGAUCAGGCCAACGGAAACUCGAGAAGUCUUUGGUCAGUGGGGCUCCUAAACCAACUCCCGUCGUUGGGAAAUACUCAUUCGGCUAUGAAUCCUGUGGACUCGAGCAGCGUUCACAAUACAAUAACAUCCCAGCACGAGUCUCGGGAGCCCUACAGUUUGCGUAACCUGUGGCCAGGUGGUCAACAGGACUACUCGCUUGUCCCUUUCUCUCGCCCGGAACGAAUUUUACAGAUGCGAACUCAGGCCCUUUCAAUUCAUUCUCCUCCAGCAGUUGAUUUCUCUCACUCUGUAUCUUCAGUACUGGAUUUAAUUCCAAGCUCUGGUUUUGGCGGUGGCUUUAAUAGUGGUACGAUUGUCCCUCUUGCUAAGACCGAGAGCAGCCUGGAGCCGGGCGAGGUCAGAAGCGUCUCCACGCCUGUUAUUCACCAUCAUCAACCUUUUGUCUUCGGAGAUAUCGAACCUACUACUCUUGGCUCCAUCGACCCGAGAUUCCAUUCCAAAAGCCAGCUAAUCUUCGCCUUGGGGGUCAUCGACAUGCUGGCUAAGCUGCGUCCGAGAUUCGAGUUCAAGUUCGGCAAUAAGGAAGAGUCAAAGAUAGGUGCAAGGCUCACACUGUACGGUCAUACGAUCCUGGUCGAACCGAUCUACGCUACGGUUGAUAGGGCCAGGGUUGAGGGUUGUCGUCUUGCUCUCGAAAAGCUCAAGAAGUACAACCCAAACUGGCUGUUUCCACCCCUUCCUUCGGAUGGUCCCGUUGAGCCGGGGUGGAGCUGGAGGUCAUUGUUGGCUGGAUAUUGCCAAGAGAGAGGCUUGGGAACUCCUGAUUACCAUUUACAUACCCCUGGGUUUCACCAGUGGCACUGUGAGGUAGUUGUCGACAAGAAGCGCUUCCCCACCACCAGAGAGUACCGCUCGGAGGAGGAAGCGCAAAGCAGGGCUGCCCAUAUUGCUCUCCGAGAUUUGAUCCUGUCUGAGAUUACCGAUGAAAAUCAAUACAUCCUGUCGGCCGAAUCUCAGUUCUUGCCCGAGGUCAAACCCAAAGACAUCUUUGGGCAGCUUCGGGGUCGGCGGUUGUCGGCCGGUCACUCCUCUUCUGAUGAUCGAGGACGGUACUCGAAUCCGAGCUCACCUAUCCGGGGGGAAUCACGGCGUUCAAAGGGAAAGAGAUUUCCGAAAAAGGGUCGAAACCAUGAUCGACCUCCACCGGCGAAGAGGAUCAAGCCGACCCCGUCGUCGUCGAGCACUAUGGCAAUCUAUCGCCCUAUCCCAGCGAAGGGCGAAGACCGGAGUUACUUGGCAUUUAGCGAGUUUCAAUUCACGGCAAACGAUCCUACAGUCAAGGGUACAAGGUCCAAUCGUGUCCCGGUCGAGAAUUGUCGUUUGAGCGACAUCAAAGUCGAAGAGAAACAAUUUGCGAAAUCCUCGGCGUCCAUUGCCCUGAAAUCCGCUACGAGCUCGUGGGAAGAAAUCACAACGACACCGCACAAGGUCGCGCUGCAAGCCACUCAAGGAGAGAAACAUUACCAUUCAGCAUAUCCGCUGUCUUCGACGACAGCGAUCCUUUUCCUAAGCCGUGCGAGUCCCAUCUUCUUGUUAAAUGUCAACCAGAUGGGUGCCAACCAGGCGGAAUCCCUAGGCUUCAAAAAGGUCAUCUUGUACCUUCUGAACAUGAUGCGCCAGGACGCAAAUUUGGAACGCAAGGAUCCUGAGUAUAUCGAGGAUCUGAGAGUUCUACAAGACCUCGAGCAUGAGGUUGAGCUUCAGAUUGAGCGCUCGAUCUGA